GCUGAGGACCCAAUGUGACUAUCAUCUAAAAUAUAUAUUUUAUAAUAAUAUACACACAUAUAUUUCAGUUCGAAAAGUAGAACGAGUACAGCAGGACUGAGUUUAAAAUAGAAAAGUGUAAUCCAUAGUUACAAUUUCUAAUGUCUUAUAUUUGAGCAUUGCCGCCUGAUGUUACCGUUUCUAGGGGUCACGUGACAAGGAAAGUUGUUCAAAUUUUAAGUUUGCGACUAUGCGAUAUGGUUUCCGUUCCUUGUUAGUUGAACUACGAUGCAAAUAUGCAACAUAGUUCAGUCAGAGACGCAAAGUCGGGGCUGCAAGUCGGUGCAGAAACAAACAGGAAGUGCUUCACAGAGCUGGACAUCCCUGCUGGAAGACUCGAUGAACAAACUAGAUCGGGUUCUAGGACUGUUAGCUUACUUCUUAGGAUUUUACUGCUGUGAUUAUUGAGUUUUAUUGCUUUACCACUUCAUGCAUUUCACAAAGUUUCUAAUCAUUUGGAAACACAGAUUCUCCUCCAGAGCCUGUAUACUAACUGGCACGAGCCUUGAAUUCAUGCAAAGGUGAGUGCUGGACCUCUAGCGGGGAACUGCGAGCAGACUGUCAUUAGGUCAUCUGAGGACAUCCUAUGCUUGAAAGCUGACAGGCGAUCAAUGCAUUCAGUUGGAGGGCUUUCAUGAGAACGCACAGGCAAAACCCAGAUUCAGCUGUUGAGCUAAAGAGGCUCCCAAUAAUGCAAUAAGAUAAACACACAUUGCUCAGUGUGGCGUUUGUGGCAGACUAGACUAAGGCAACGCCAACACCUCAACCCCUUUGAGAAGCAGCUGUUGAAGCUGAGAGUGAGGACUUGAAGCAAAGUUUGGCUUCUUUGGAAAGGGAUGAACAGGUUAGCACGUUACCAGAGAAAGAAAAGAGACAAGUCUGCUCUUUAUGCUGCUCAAAGACUGAAAAACAAAAGCUUGUGUUCUGGGAAAUGUUACACAUCCUUUCACCAAACCAAGAAAAACUCCAGAGCUGUGGCCCAGCAUGCUCCUCGGUUGGACUUGCUGAGGAAGUCCUGGCAUCAAAGGAAAAGGAUCCCGGGGAUCAAACGGAGGGACAGGAUCCAUAUCUCUUCUGAAGAUGUGAUGCUCUGUAGGGGCAAAGCUGAAAGGAAUCCGUCAGCGAGCCAACAUCUCCAGCAUCACUCACUGAGAGCUGGACUGCAGGGCCUUGCAGAUUACAGACGGAACAAAAACAUGGCUGUGCAGCACCAUCCGCUAAGAUUGAUGAUCCAGUACUGGAAACUGUGGAUGGACCGUGUGGAGGAAGAAGGAAAUGGGAGUUCUCUACCACCAACUGAGGUCGCAUUCAGCAAAUACAGUAAGCGGCGUCAUCGUACCUGGGUGUUUUACAGCUGGUGGGCGCAGGCAGAGAAACGAAAGGGGGCGUCGCUCUCUGAGAGGGAGGGAUGUCACCUGCUGAGAACGUGGAAAAGAUGGAGACAACGCACACGAGAGAAGGUGGAAGGAGCGGCCAGAGAGGAGGCCUUGCAGCACCUGCACAGGAGAAACGGAGAGCUGCAGGCCUGUCUGCUGAGGGACAUGGACUGCAUGCCAGUUCCUGUGGAAAAUUGGAAAAAGUUCGUUCAGAUCCAAAGAGCGAGGACAAGUGGACUGAAUGACAUUCAGCAUCGUCCUAAAGUAAUGCUGCUCAAGCAGUUUUUUAGGGCUUGGAAGAAACAUCAGCUGCAGAUAUCGCAGAUCCCUGAACUUUCAAAGGAGCGUUUCAGACUGCAGACUCACCCUUUUCUCAGGGUUUUCAUUGUGUGGUGGGAGAAAGCCUCGCUGCUGGCUGAGACCAGAGCUGCAGAGCAACGAGCAGAGAAGCACUUCAAGAAUGUCCUCCAGCUGAAGGUGUUUGUUGCCUGGAGAGAAGCAGCCACACGUGCAGAGUCUAAGCGUCACCAGCAGGGGGAGCCCCUCAGCCAGGCUCAGUGCAACAUUAAUCAAAAGCUGCUGCUGGGCCUCUUCAAACAGUGGAGGAAACAAACCAGAGAUGCAUGCAUAGAGAGGACGAGCAUGGAAAAAGCUAAGUGUCACCAUAACUCCAGAAUCCUUUCCAAAGCUAUGGGAGCGUGGAAGACGCAUCAGUCACAGCGCAGGACAAAACUGGUUAUGAAACGACAAGGGGCUCUGUUUCUGAGAUUGAAGAUGUUCCAGACACACUUUGAACUGUGGAAAUUGCAGCUGCAGCGCAGACGGACAGAGGCUGAGCAGACGGAGCGAGCCCUCUGGCACUGGUCUCUCACUCUGCAGGCUAAGGUGUUAAUGGAGUGGAGGCUGUUUGCCGGCGAGCAGCGCAGGAGGAGAGAGGAGUCCGUGAGAUCUGCCCAGAUCUACAGAGACCAGCUGCUAAGGGAGGGCGUGGCCUGCAUCCUCACAUACGCGGCUCACAUGAGUGACCUCACCACAAGCAUGGCACAGGUCGCCCAAAGCCACAAUCUCCAUAAGGUUGUUAGACGUUGUGCAAUGAGGUGGAAGCGGCGUGCCCUUUCCACACCCCAAAAGGAGCAGAACAUCCCAGCAUGGAGAAGGAGUUUCUGUCGGACUGCUCCUGAACUCACCAGCAUCCCCUCCUGUGUCAGAAGGGAGCGGGAAGCUCAGGAUGGAGCAUCCACUGAGCGUGAACGCCACACGUCCAGAGAAGCCCGGCAUCAGGACGUCCUGCUUCCUCCUUCUGCUUUCAUGAUCCCAAAGAGCACAUUGGGGAACCUCAGCAGCUCUGAUACUGGAGAAGUUUCAGCCACACCUCUUCAUCACUUCACUUCUGCAAUGACAUGCCACACAUCUACUCAUCCAGGAAACACCCAGAUGGAAGAGCCGGUUAAUAAAAGUAAAGAUGCAUCCGCCCUGAUGACAGAGCUCCUCCACAUUCAGCUGGAUAUGAAGAACUUCCAGCAAAGCAGGAAACGGCUCAGGGCGUGGCGAAAGCUGAGAGAGGUUUUACGGAGUUGGCUGCAGUGGAGUGGAGAGGAAGACGAACGGGAGAAAGAGGCCGUCUUUGAAGAGUUGAAGGAGCUGGAUGGGCGCAUCAGUAGACUUUCCACUGAGCUGGAGAGGAGAAGGCCAGCAAUGCUCCUGCAUGCAGAGAGAGUCCAGCAGGUGCAGGUCGUCCUGUGCGCCUCAGCAGAAACGGACAUUGAUGGCCAUCGCGUCACAUGAUCAGUGCACGUCUCUGCAUUUCUUCGUUGUUUAAAAUGACGCUUUUUUGUUCAUUGAAAAGUCUCUGUCUCAAAUGGUUGGACAGCAUUCUUGAUGCAGAUGGUGAAUAACAUUUUCCAUGUGUGCAUAAAGUGACUGGACCGUUUUCGGAGCAGCUGCUCUUGCGCAAUAAGCUUUCCCCUUUUUCCCGUUUGUACGAAACCUUUUGGAAGAAGCUGAGAUCUCAGACUGGGAGGACGGCUUUCUGCUGACGGCUCACAGUGCUGGUCGCCUUUCAUUCACGACAGGUCAACAUGCGAGGACUUCACAGUCUUUUGGUUUUUAUGGCUUUUGUCAGCUGCAUCAGGGGUAAGUGCUGGUCUCGGAGUGUUUCUGUUUGUUCCCAGCUCCUGUGUUUCUUCCUUUUUAAGUAAAGAUAUGAUGCUUUUUUCAUUAAAAGACUGGCAGAGCUCCUUUUUUUUUUUUAAACAUUGUUUGUUGGUCAAAAUAAGAUCAAUUUCAUGUAUGGCGACUUUAAUGUGGACAUGUAACCUCAUAAGAUUAAAAUCCUUGAUGAAUUUAUUUCAA